AGACGAUUUUCACUGGAACCAAGUGAACGUUUCGAUAAUAAAAAAAAAUGUAAAGGAAAACUAUUUUCCUGACAAUUUUCACGAUAUGUGUAAGUACACAUGCUCGCACACAUCGACACCGACAGCGGAAAACAUGCAGAAUGGGUGCCCUUUGACGGGAACACACGACCACACUCAACAGGCUCCAUGUAAUCCAAGGCACCCUACAGGCAGGCCAAACCAGAAAGAGUGCCACCAGCAGAGCAAAAGGGAACCGAUCGAACUUUUCAGUCCGCGAGUGGAUUUCCCUACGUUUAGUUUGGCUCCGCUUUUUUCACAUCCCGAUCGAUGGUUUUUUAAUUUGAAGGGAAAAUCCAAUUAGACUGGCUCGGUGCCCUUAAAACAGUGAUCUACCCGACGAAUGGAUGGCUCCAAGUGAUGGAGCCGCGUGAUACUUCGUGCUGGAGUGGUUUGUUCUUGUGAAAAAGUCGAAAAAUGUUUCCAAACUUAACUAGGGCUGAGAAGUGCGGGGAAUAGUCAAAAAUCCUAGGGAGUAAAAGCAUUUGCACUGCCAACAGAGCACUGUCUGAGAGCAAAAGUUCACUAUCAGAAAGGUGUCAUUUUCUGGAAUAUUAAUAGCAGUCUCAUUCGUCAUUUUCGUUGCCCAAUGAUCGGUACCAUCGACGUGACGUGAAAAAUAGAUGAAAAUCUAGCGGAAGUGUUGUUUUCAGUUCAGUUCGUUCAUUUCUGUAAAUAAAAGUAUUAAUUCUAAACAUCGUGUUCGGCGAAGCGUCCGAAUAAAUUAAGUCAUUAAAAAUUAUCAAUCCGAAAAAAUCAGUGUCCAAAAUAUUGCAGAAGCAAACGAAGAGAGAGAGAGCGGGAGAGAGUGAAAGCAGUCGGGUGUCUCGGGGAAAAGUUUCGCAUUAGAAAUCCAAAGUGAGUGAGUGAAGGGGAAAAUCGGGCAGCAGAAAAAAAAGCGAGACAAAGUGGAGCAGCAAAGUGGAUCAUUCCUAGACCGUCGCGUGGAGCCGUGCCAGCGGUCAGAAGCAGCGCCAGCCAAAAGCUAGUCUCUAGUUUUAUGCGAGACCAGCCAGCGAGUGAUUUAAUUGGUCCCUGAUCUAACCAACGUCACCAGCAAGCAGUACGUCGGAACGUUUCUGCUUUUUUUAUGCAAUCGGGUCGAUAAUCGCCAAGAUGGAGUGCAAAUUGAUUUCACGAUAUUCCCCGCUACUCGUGCUGUUCAUAGCAUCACUCGUUAGUGCACAAACAGCAGGUCGUAAGCGCGACAUUAACAAUCUGUAUCAAGUGAUCUAUUACGGUGACUCCCAGGUCGAGGUCGGCAAACCGUUCUCGAUAUCGUGCAUCAUCUCGAUCGCGGAUCCGGUCGAGUGGCACAAGGACAACGAACCGAUCCGAAAACACAGCAACAUACGCCACGGGAAGGAUGAACAUUCCUACAUCGAAAGCGAAAUGGGAAUCGCAGGCAAUCGGGACAAGAUCGAAGCAACGAUAAGCGUCCAGCAUGCCCUACCGAAACAUCAGGGCAGCUAUCAGUGUAAUUCACUGUACAAAAACUAUCACAUGCUGUACGUGCACCGAAAUGGGUCCUUGGGAAGUGGAGGUGGAGGUGGAGCUGGUGGUGCCAGUAGUCAUGCUGUCAAAACGACGGGACAUGCGGCCGAAGGCACUCUGCUGAACAAACUGGAUGAGCCCGUCGUUGGGCCGCUACUGUUGACAACGAUUAAGCCAACCCUGAUUACCUCAAUCACCGAACACAGUACACCAGUGCCCCUCGAUAUACACACAAUCGGUCUGGAAGCGGAACACUCGCAGCACCACCACCGUCAGGCUUCGUCGCAUCAUCACCACUCAUUAACCGGUAGUGAUAAAUCUACGAAAUCCGACGACCAAUAUGCUUUCAAGGCUGACUCGGUGCGAUUGAUGAAUAAAAAUCAAGACAGACCGACAAAGGAAACUCAGACCCACCCAGGAGGCGCUAUUGAAAGAGAACAGCACGAGGCAAAAGGUACCCAUCACGGAAACAAAAUUAAUAAGAACAUCAAAGUAGACGGGUAUCAUGAUACGACCAAAGUCAGCAACAAGAAUGGCAAGGACAGCUAUGAUACGGCUGAUAAUAUAAGCAAUGUCGGGAAUGUGAUUGUUGUCGUUUCGGAAGACGGUGACGGUGCUUCCGGUGCGUUCUCUGUUCCCCUCGAAGAAGCGGGCAAAGCGGAUAUAGACGCUGGUGAUAUUAUACCUAAUCACGGUAAUAUUCAAGUUUCUCCGCAUUUCAACGGUGAUGAGAACGGUAGCGAUGGCGUUGAUCCCGGUGACGACGACAACGACGACGACGAAGCCUCCAUUGUCAUCGAAAGCAAAGAUGUUUCGGUCGAAGACAGCAUUGACAAAUUGAUACUGAACAAAAGUGAAAUUAAUGGUAUCAUUCAGGUCGAUAGUGAGGAAAUUCCACCCCACAGACACCAACCGGUGCCGAAAGAGUCCGGUCGAAAAUUGGAUCGCAUUGUGGAUGAAAAAACUAAAAUUGUUGCUGUUGUUCCACCGACCGUUCCAACUUCGACGACAGCACUUGUGGUUGUUACUAGCACUAGCAUAACAACCGCCACGGCAGCACCAGCCACCACCACCACCACCACCACCACCGGAGUGAUGAGCUCUACACCCGGCAUGGUACGUGGUGGGCAUGGCACCGAAGGACAUCACCACCAUCACCAUCACGAGCACGACCAAGAACACCGUCAGCGCGCUGCCAGUGCGGAAAUCCUACAACCGAAUUAUGACGAUCCCAGUACGAGCUUAAAGUAUUACGAUAUCGGAAAAGCUCUGACGCUCGGUUGUAACAUUACGAAAGAAGGUUAUGACUUGAGUUGGUCCAAAGACGGCAAAAAUGUUAGCGACAUCGAUUCGCUUAAAGAUCGCUACCGAAUAUUGAACGAGGAGCGUAAAUUCAUCAUCAGCCGGGCACUGGAGGCCGAUGCUGGCAGUUACACAUGCAGCGUUCGAGCGCUGAAUGCAUCUAGGACUUUUAAUGUAGUAGCAAAUGUUAUUGUUAAAUUUGAAAGCACAGAAAUAGGAAAAACAAACAUGGUGGAAGGCGGAAGUCUCACACUUCACUGUUUGGCGUUCGGAUCCAACCCGAGGAUCUCUUGGAUAAUUGGUAACAAAACCUACACCACGACGACGGAUCACAUCCACCUGAACGAAGACGAGAAGGGUGUCGAAAAUGCUCGGCUAACAAUCGAAAGUGUCACGAUGAGCGACUACACCGAAUACAUCUGCGAGGGUCGAAACAACGCCACCGAUGUCUCGGGCAGGCCCGCCCACGCCUCGAUAACCGUCAGGAUUCGAGGAAAAUAUGCGGCUCUGUAUGUUUUCUUGGGUAUCAUAGCCGAAGUCGUUGUGUUAUGUGCGAUUAUUUUAAUUUGUGAAAGAAGACGCAACAAGACAGAAGUCGAGGAAAGUGACACCGACCAGAGUCCAGAUCAGAGAAGGCGAAAAAGCUCGCGGAACUAUAACUAAUAACAAAUUCUAUUGUACUGCUAGAAAAACUCUUUGAGAAAUUGUUGAAUAAAGCUUAGUUAUAAAAAUAGUACUUAGAUUAACGAAGUGAAAAGAGAUUAUUAUUAUAAUUAAUAGACUACGAUGGAAAUGCCGGUAAAAAUUUAGAGUAAACGUAACAGAAAUGACAAGAAAAACUAAAAAAAUCGUUUCUAAAGGCAGGUGGUUUACGUCUUAAACUAUACAAUGUUCGAGACACCUUACACCAAGUGGACAAAGCGAAUAUAUCCAAACAAACACCCGAUAGAAGCUGAAUAAAAACGGCUAGUUUGGCUGACAAAUCCUGCUCAAAGUAUAAACUGCAUGAGUACCGAUUUGUGCCAUCAAACUAAAAACCCACCAGUAAAUUUAUCGUAGCAAAAAGCCUGUCAACUUUUCUUGCCUGAUUGGGCCCAUACCCAUACCGAUGAACCCGUUGAGACAACACACUCGAAGAUAGGAACUAGAAACAUAAGCCAUUGAUGCCCUCAGUAUAGAAGAGCCCUUCUUUUAGAACCGCAUCUGGAGCCGAUGAUUUUUGCCAGCCCCAAUCCGAUCGAAUGCUUACUAAAAAUGUUUGAAAGCUUUAAAUAAUUUAAGUCUCGAUUUCUGUGAUCAACUUCGAUUGAUUUGAAGAGUCUGUACUUCCAUACUACCAAAAAAACACGAGAAUGAAGAAAACAAAAGCCAGUCAGUCGGUUGGGAUCCGGCGGUCGUUCAAUCCGGGAUCGCUUUUGGAUCGUCUUUUCAGUGUAGGAACCAAUCUACGGUGUAUAAAAGAAGGAGAAAUGUUUUUCGAUCGAAUUAAUAAAAAUACAACAAGAUAAAUCGUCAUAAAUUUAGUGAUAACUAAUUAAUGGUAUCAUGAAUCUAAGAAGUAGUAGCUUAAACACGCCGUUUGUAUAGGAUAAUUAAAAGAUUCGUCGCAGUAAGAUGUUUUGUAAGAAAACCAUCGGAAAAAAACAUAUGCUGAAGCAAAACUAGGCGAACAAAGACUAAAUAUUAUAUCACGUAGAAAUGCAGCCGGUAAUACGUGAGCAAACACGAGCCUACAGAUGCUGGUCUUACGAUGUACAUAAAGCUCUCACGUGGGAAAAAAGCCUCUGUUAGAAAUAUCCGAAAAUAUUCAUGCAAUUGAGCUCUGUCGUAUUGAAGCAACAUUAGUAAAAUUUUCGUCCGUUCCUUUUUAAAUAUUUCUAAAGGAGUUAGAUCGCUUUUCGAGAAAGGCGAUCUAUAUCUUGAAAGCAGCAACAAACAAUAUUCAUAAUCAUUCCUAUAACUAACCACAGCUCUUGAAACAGAUUAUGAUAAUAUUGCUACAUCGUUUCUCUCUAUUUUUUUUUAUUUUUCAAAAUUAUUUUCAAACUUUCAACGCCAAUCGAUCGAAAAUUUGUGUACAGAUCUUUGAUUGUUUUAACCAUUACUAAACUAAACAAUUAGUUGACAUACCAACUUCAAUAAUUUGCUUUCUAAUUCGUGUUGGUAUCGAUCACAGCUGCUGAUCUUUCUCAAUUUCAAUUCAAUUAUUUGCCACUUUUGAAAAUGGCAGCUAUUUUCUACUCUCCAAACUCCUGACGUGAGCCGGAUAUUGUAUACUAUCAACUAAAAUUUCAUGAAUCCAAACUAACCGGUUAAAAUGAAGAAAUAAUAAUACGUGAGCCAGAUCAACUCUUUUGCAGGGGUUUGAAAUAUUUUCAAAAAUUGAAACUACUAUAAUUUCUAUGAUGCAAAGAAUAUCUGAAUAUUUUUGUACUAGACGAGACAGACCUAAAAGCAACUCGAUGAUUAAUAUAUUGCAAACAAGGCAUUGCUGAACAAGAGAAGAAAGAAAAAACAAAAAAUUUGUAGAAUCUUGAACGCAAUUUAAUUGACUGUACAUAUUGUAAAUUAAAAUUAUACUAGAACAAUGCAAUCUUGCGAACAUAACUAACAGCGCAUGAUGGAAUACGGUUCGAAAUUUAAGUUUUCUCAUUGUAUAUGGUUGUUCUUUUGAAUUUGUACAUUUCUUUUUCUAUAAGGAUCCGAAACUUAUUUGGGUAGAUAAAACUGUUUAUAAUGUAAAUUAUGUCAUAUUUUCGAAUCGUCUUUGGUAAAAAAAAACGAUCAUCAAUAAAUUGGAUCAAACCUAAUAGUAAAAGGAAAAAAAGCUGUCCCGUCGCUCCAGACAAGUAUCCCACGAUGUAGAAGAAGUAUGGCAAAACUAACAAAAGCGCUUUAUCUAGAUAAGAUUAUAAGAAGUUAUGAGAAACCAAAAUUAAACUUGAAAACAUCGUUUCUUGCCAUCCAGAAAGGUAAAAGUUCUGCAACGUGAAUCGUGUUACCAUGCGCGUACGAUAAUUGGAAUGGAUUAACCAAACAAAAGAAGUGAUAAGUUAUUCUCAUUUAACGCUGCUAUGUUGCAAACGAGUCUAAGGAUGACGGAAUUUCGACUAAUAAUCCCGAUAGUCGACUGAAAUUCAAACCAUUUGUUUGAAAAUAAUACUCGAUUAUCAGCAUAAUCGAUUAAUUCGAAAACAGAUUUUAUCGAACGAAUAAUCGAGUAAUCGAUUCAUAGUCGUAAUUCGAUUUCAAUCAACUUACAUUUACUGCUGCUAAGGAAAGAGCUGGAAGCAGCGUUGCCAUUAUUCCUGAUUUAAUGCCAGAUUUUUCUGAUUUCGACAGAUAUUCUAACAAACCAGGUGGUGAUACCUUUCAUUUUUGCUCACUGAAAAAAAAGCCCGGUCAAAAUUUCUUUGUAUAUAGUUAGAUACAGACAAAUGCAGAUGAAUUUUUGAGUCUGAGACAGAUUUUUGAAAAACUAACAUGGUAACUCUGGCUGGAAGUGAUAAUUUUAAAGCCAUACACUCUAAGAAAAAAUCUUUCUUCUUUGAACGAUGUUGGACCAACGUCUGAUAAAUCAGUUUUUGCAAUGACUGAGUAAAAAUAUAUAUUGGAGAAGCCAAAUGAAAUGCCAAAAAAUCAUCUUUUCUGUACGUUUUUCAUUAAAUUGGCUUCUCCAAUAGAUGUUUCCACUCAGUCAUUGCAAAAACUGAACUAGGUUAUGGCGACUUUACGCAAUUAAUAAAUCGCCCAUCAUUGGGCAUUCGAUCCAAUUUGCAAAUUGUUUUGGAACAUGUUUUGAAACACUUUUCUUGUAUUAUUUUGGUUAUAGCUAAAAUGUUUGUGAAACACGUGAAAGGCUUCAGAUUUUUUCAAAAAUUAAGUCGCAGAUUUUGUUACUGUUAUGUCGUUUUCGUUUGAUGCCAAGCCUGGCCCAGUUUCCAUCCUAACUGCUGUCAAAUCGUUUGCUUGAAACCAGUUUCGAACCUAGUUUCAAAGUAUUCGAACUGAAAGUCGAGUCUGUUUCGAACCUGAUUUUUAUAUCGGGUUUGCUCACACCCCCGUUGCUAAGUGCGAAACCAACACAGUUUCGUGAAAAGUGUUCGCUUGAUGAAACUAUCCUGGGUUAGUUUCAGAUUUUCCAAGCGAAAACGACAUUAGAGUGUACAGAAGCGCUGUGUAAUGAAGUGCUAUGGAAUAGGAAGUGAACGCAGUCCAUGUAUUCUGUCAAAUGUAGCAAUGAGCCAUAUUCUAAUUCAAUAAUUUAAUUUAUAUAUUUUAUUGACAUAUUGCCGGAAUUUUCGGUAGCGGCAUCUGCGUAUGAAAACUGACAUUAAGAAAAAGAUGAAUUUUUCGUUGUUUUAUAAUACAAAUAGAUAAUAAUCAAAAUGGACUCGUGAGGGUAGAACAUUUAUUUGAAAGUACUGUUUUUUUCUAGUUGAAGCUAUUAAUAAACAUUGAUAGUUUCCCGAAAUGUUUAAAUUUGUUAGGUUAGUUUUUAUUCUAAGAACAUUGUUUAAAUAAAAACCAGUAUCAGAAUGUUUAACAAUCGAGUACCAUUUAUUUUUAAUACUUUACUUACUAUUUCCGACGGCUUGAAAAAUGCUGUUGAACCCAGUAUAAUGUACGAUUUAAAUAAACUUUAGUUUUCGCACGAAGAAUCGUGAUCGACAAACUUUUUCUUCUACUUCUGCAAUGAUUUUUCAAAUUAAUUGUCCCGUUUUAAUCUGGAAUUGUUUUUAUUACCUGGUUUAUAUUUUUUCUACCAAUUUGACAGCUCUUGUUGAAAAUAUCAUCUCUACACGAGCAGCACAUGUGCGUUUGAUGUCAACGUCAUUGUGUCAAUUAAAAUUAAAUGAUAUGAACUUUGGAUUACAAAUUAGGUUCUGGUCAAAGCUAAUAAAAGUCAUUUUCAUUGACUCAAAAUAGAUAAACAUAACGAGAAAUAAAUGUCACUCUUAGGUUCGCUUGCAAACUAUGAGAACGAAAUCCAUGUCUAUUCAAUGACAUAAGCGGAACAGUAGUUUCAAAAUUGUGCUCUUUCUUUCAUUUGCUCUUUUGAGUCAUUUCCGGUUUUUAGUGAAAAUCCCGUAGUAUGCAGUGUCGAUUUUCAACCGAAGCUUUGAGAAUCGAAAAUGACAGAAAACGGUUUCACAAUGACUUUUACCUGUUGGUGCUCGAAUCUGUAGUAGUUUUGGUUUCCAAAUAGGUUCUGGGGUGUAAUUACUUCGGAUUGUCAUAUUUAGGUCACUUUUUAUAGCCAAGCGUCACAGAUUUUCAAUACAUCGAUGAAUAAAUGAAUAAAUGAAAUUCUGCUUAUGUUGCCUGCAGACGUUAGUUUGGUUUUGUCUUGUCAUAGAGGAAAGAGUGACGUUGGCAAUUAUACUCUCACUUUUUUCAAUGAGAAACGAAAAUGCUUCGUUCCUCUUCGUUUGUUCUGGUGUCGGUCAUCUACGAAUGAGACAGUAAAAUAUUGAAAAUGAGGCUGUUGGAUUGGUUUCAUUAAUUGAGAAUGCGUGACAAUUUUAGGCAAUUUGGUUGCGCGUUACUUUUAAAAUUCAUCGUUUCAUUGCUUUUACGACAUUGGCUUUGAACCAGCAGCCGAAUGGCAGAAGAAAUUUAUCACAAUUUUCUUGAAGAGAAGAACACCAUAAAAUCUCUUCACAAAAUUGUGCUUUCUUUUCAAUGAGUUUAGAAGUUCAGCUCCGGGCAGAAUAUUUCUGGAAAUUAUAAAGAGAUUUCGCCAAUUUUCUUAAUUUGGAGUUCCCGUCAAGUUCAAGAGAAAGUUGAAAAAGAAAAGGAGAGCGAAAGAGCUUUCGAAAGACAAUUCUUUUAGUCAUCAAGUUUAGCUAAUUUUCCUAGUUUUGGGUAGAUCGGGCAAAUGGAGAGGAAUUGUAUUAAUAGGUUGAUCUAACAAGUUAAUAAACAAAGUUCUCAAUGUUGCCAUCUGGUUCUUCGAUCGGAUUUCUAAUAUACCUUAAAAUCGACGGUAACAAAGCAGCUUAAUUUUCUCUUGUCUACGGUUACAUCUGUUUUGCAGAUACUACUGCCCAAAUAAUGCCUCCAUUGUUUCUAUGUAAUAAUUUUUCAAUAGUUUUGCUGGAUUUUAUCACUAAAAUGACUGUCAGAAUUUCUUUCCAAAAAAAAUUUUUUUUCUUUUUCAAGUGUCAAAAAAUUUCUACUUAAACUUGACGUCCGAAUUAAAAAAAAAUAGGCCAAUUCUCUUGGCAAUUUUCUUUUCUCUCAAGAAAUUUUGUGACCGGAAUUCGACUGCAGGUCUGCAGGGUUGUCUGUAUCUUAAUUUCUAAAACAAAUUGCAGAUAUUCUUCAACGCAGAUUUAGAAAUGAACCAAGAUUUGUGGAAGGGCAAUGCUACUACCUUCGCUCGCGCAAGUUUGACAGUAUUUUUUACAUACUUGUAUCACAGAGAACAGACAUCCAAGCUAGUGAAAACUUUUUUUUUCAAAAAAGCUGUGUUAAGCAUCGAGUAAAAAUCCGUUAAAAAUCUCCGUUGCGUACGAUUUUGCUCGCAUGAAUUACCAUUGUAUGAAAGCUCGAGCGCAAGAGCCCAUAAGGGAUUACUGGGCUGCUCGAAGCGCCUCUACAGGAGAAUUGUUUUCUUACACACAUUAGCGGCCCUUACUCGAGUCAUUAAAAAUGUCAUUACUAAAAAAUAACAUCAUUUUAAUGAACGUGUAAUGGUGCAGUAAUGACGAGAUUUCUAUCAAAUUCGAAAUACAUCAUUACUUAGUCAUCAUUAAAAAUGAAAAAAAUUAUGCUCGUGUAAGGGCCUUGGAUGUCCGUUCUCUGUGCUUGUAUGCUUGCGAGCUUCAAUACUGUCGCUUAUAAUUUAUUCGUAAAAUCUGAGAACUUCACAUUAACAUUGAAUGCUAAAAUAGGAAAUAAUUUUCUUUCUCGUGAAUUUGCUAUUGAUUGAAUGUGGAUUUCCAUAGCGGAUUGAUUUUCAUAGACUUGUUUGUAUCAGUUCUUAUGAAUUGGAUUUUGUAAUAGAACUGACUUGACACAAGCAAGUUUUAUCGUGGCUACCAUUCGAAAAAAAGCUGGUAAAGAUCUGCUUACUUUUAUCGGAGACCUUUACAUUGGAAAUUUGGAGCGGAAACGAUGUUGUAGAUAAUUAAGUUGUGCAAAAAUAGUCAAUAGCUAUCAGAAAACAAUUGAUCAGAAAAAUCUGUUAGAAUAUAGACGGAUCAGAGUUUAUAGUUUGUUUAACUACUAUACUUUAGUUUGAAGACGCAUUGUUUUGUUAGUACAUGUUUGAUCAUCCGAACAACCAUUGACAAGCGCUAAACACAAAUUAUUUCACACAAUCCUAAUGCCUGUUUGUUACAUGUUUUACAAUUUUCGUUUCUAAGCAUUGCACUUCACGUGAAGGUAAGCUGCUCGAACUAAGAAGACAAAAUAUACAAAAAAAAACUCCAAAUGUUCCUCUUCUAUGAAAACCCAAAAGUAUUGAUUUUACAAUACAUCGCAGUGUACGAGAGAAAUUCGGAAAAUUGUAGUUUAUAACCCCACAUGUUUGUCGGUUGUGUUCACGGAAAAAUUCUCUUACGAUAUUUUUGACGUUAAUACGCGUGUAAUGUAUAUAAAUCAAUCACACACACACCACCCACGCACCGGACAAGUGUCGGAUUUCCGCAUCGAGAAAGGCACUGUUUAUGACAUUCGCACACCAUAUUAUCGCACGAGAACAACUCUUGUCGAAAACAGCAAGCAAGCAAAUAAAACAUACAUGUUAUGCAUUCAUUUUUACAUGCUCACACACAAUUGAUACACACGCGUAGUGUCAUACGUCGAGGAGGAAACGCAAAUAGUUUCAAUCAAAAUAAUCACGUUCGAUGUAGGCCGUAAACAUACUUGCAAACAAAACACAAAACCUUAUAAAAUGAAACUAUUGCACUUCCCCAAACUAUAGCAAGCAACUAAAACCGAAAUGAACGAAGAAUGAAACAUGUGAACAGAGAUAUUAAAAGUUUACUCGAAAAAGUCGCAAAUAAACGGUACACAUUUUUAGAAGCACGCAAUUGAUCGAACAAAAAAUUAUUAUAAAUUAUGAGAAACAAACAGACCCUACAACAACAGCAGUAAAAAAUAGGAAUGACAUAAACAUUUGAUUGUUUAAUUAUUAUUAAUUGUGAAACCAGAGUUGUUGAAAUAUUACUUAAUACCACACAUUUUGCUAGUUGACGUAAGUAAAACGAACAGGAGAAAAUGAUUAAUUAUAAGCAAAAUAGAAAACGAAAAAAAGUAAAGAACAACAAUACAGUAAGUCAGUCAUUGGUCACGAUAAUUUCAGUAUACUGAUUCAAGCAGAAGCCGAAUGAAACAAACCCACUUAUUCGAGUUUAUCGCAUAAUUCGCUACUGUUAGUGUUCAUAAUUUGACUGUAUAAAGAUUUGAUUAUUUCGCCGGCCAGAGAUACUAAGCUAAACACAACACAUAAUCGAUUGAGCACUCUUACCUAAACCGAACACCUGAGCUGCUAAACUAUACAUGUUUGUUAAUGCGAAAAAUUAUCGGUUGAUCGUAUCUUAUGAGUACCGUUUAUUAGUUUUAUUUGUGAAUUGAGAUUAUACAGGAGCUAAACGUGAAUAGAGAAGUACCAAACAACUGGUUUAAAUGAAUUGGAAUUCCAAAACAACAAACAAAUUCGUCUGAAAACAAACGGCGAGAAACUGUAGCAUAUGCAAUGAAAACUGAAGAAAAAAAACAGAAAUGAGAAAAUUUAAGAUAUUGUUAUUAUGUAUAAUGUUUGACCAAUAAAAAGUGAACAGUUGAUUUAAAAAUA